UAUGACUAAAAGUUAACAACAAACAUUUUUUCUGGGCUCUUUUAAUCAACCUAAGAACAGUGGUUAUAUUGCAGGCGGUCAUGAUGCAAUGAAACCCAAACAAUACACUAUCAUAAAUGGCAGAAAUAAUUGUAUUGGUAUUUUGACUUUCUGUGGGCAGCAUCUUUGAGGUCCAGCUCAAAUUUUUGCUUAGGCCUGACUGAAACAGAAUUUACAUGUGUGAGUUGUGUGCUGGGGUAGGGAGGGGACCUUCAACAUAUCAUGGUUAGCAUUGUGAUUCUGUACUCAAUCUGAAAACCAGGUCUGACCAGGGCAAAAAGGCAUGCAGCUGAAUAGGAUUAUAACUCUAAACUAUGCAAACAACAGCAGUGCAACUGGGCUUGUUAACUGGCUGAUCAUAUUUCUGGAAUCGUGCUGGUGUGGUUAAAACUGGAGUUGCAGACAAGCUUGAGUAGCUCCACAGUUUUUCCUACCAGUCUUCUUCCUGUUUGACCUCCAGGAGACAAUAUAAAUAAAAAGAAACGUCUCUCACACAUACCACGCUCUUGCCAGGAAAAGGGAAAGAUCAAAUACUUAUCUAAAACAAACUCCAGUGAUGUGAAAGCUGUUUGCUAUUUCCUUGCUGUUUGCACUGGCUGUGUGGCUUGGUGUUCAUAGAUAAAGUGCAGUUUCUCCAAUUGGUGUUCCCACCCUCUGUACUCAGUGGCUGGGUAGUGGGAUUAUCACACUGAUCCUAAGUAGGAAGGACUGCAGUGAUCCAGGUGCUCCCGCUGUUCUUGAUGCAGCUCACCAAAUGGACAGGAAAAACAUGUAUUUCUUCUUUCUUUAUGACGUUUACAAGAGUUGUUGCUCAGUCGGUAGAAGUUGUAGAAAAUAACAUAGCUUUAAGUAACAUUAACUCCCCAAAAUAAUAUGUUAUUUAUGAUUUGAGAAGAAUUAGAGAUACCGAUUCUGAGCCAGCAGCCAGAUGGCUUGGCAGUAGCCGUGCCAUGUUACCAUGAAUGCUGGGGUUAGAAAAGGGGCUGCUUUGGGAUUUUUCAGAUCUUUGAUUAUCUCACAGUUGCUGUGCAUAGAUGUGUCUACAAGAUUUCCAGAGUAUUCUGAAAUCCCCAAAUCAACUCAGCUUUGUUACUGGUAGAGUUAUAUCACAGAUUAUAAUACCGCGUAGAGAAUUCAGAAAGCUGCAUACGGGGUUCACAAGAAGAAUUUCUUGGACUAACUCCUGAAUUUAGCAUUGGAAGAUGUAACUGACCCUGACGUAACCAGUGCUGCAUAACUGCUUUAAAGAUGGAAAUGUCAGAAGAUAAUAUUAAUACGGAAGACUACCCCACUGAAAUUCAUGAUUAUCUUGCAGCAUUUGAAAAAUCUCUUGGUUCUGUAGAUGAGAUGCUGAAGACAAUGAUGGCAAUUUCCAGGAGUGAGCUGCUCCAAAAGUUAGAGCCUCUUGAGCAAGCAAAGCUGGAUUUGGUUUCGGUGUACACAUUAAAUUCAAUGUUCUGGGUGUACUUGGCUACUCAGGGAAUCAAUCCAAAGGAACAUCCAGUGAAACAAGAACUGGAGAGAAUAAGAAUGUACAUGAACAAGGUCAAAGAAAUAGCAGAUAAGAAAAAGGCAUCCAAACUCGAUAAAGGAGCUGCUUCUAGAUUUGUAAGAAAUGCACUCUGGGAACCAAAUGCUGAAAAUGAACAUACCUCCAAAACUCCUGCUAAAGGAAAAAAGAGAAAGAUGGACUAAAUUUUUGUUUCCACUUAUAUAAAUUAGAGACACCUAGAACUUAUUUCAAAAUGUGUUUUGCAUACUGCAUGCAUCUUACAGAGGUGCUGUAUAGCAACAUCUUGAUUAAGAUAUAUUUAAGAAUUUUACAGGAUUGUAUUUUGUCCAGAACACUUGUCACUGAGGAGAUUGCACUGUAUAUGUAUCUGAAAGUGCCAUUUUAUGCGAGAGAAGUAACAUUUCAUGAUUAAAAUGAUAAUGACCUGA